AUAUCGUCAUCCGAUAUAUAUCGUUAUAUGAACAGCCGUAAUUUUCCGUUAACUGUGUACAACUAUGGUUAAAAAGAAAAGUACACCUGCUUCAAAUUCAAAGGUUUUCAGUAUCAGGAUGUAAUGAAAACCAUCCGAUUCUUAGCAGGCCUUAAAAUCAUUUAAAUAUAACCUCAGAUGAACAGCAACAGAUGACAUAUUACAUGUGUCAUUAUUUAUUUCACAAAAACCUAGACAGAAGCAGAGUGUGAAAAACAAAGUUCAUCCUUACGGCUUACAUGGGAAUGAAGAGGGUAAGUAGCAGCGGGGUGCUGGUAAUCAAACGCACUGAUUAGUUGAUCUUCAUCGAAGCGGAAUUAUGCUGGUCUGGAUUACUCAGGUGUGUUAACAGAACAAUCUUCCCAGGAGGGGACAUCCCAGCUCAGCCCAUGCAAUGCUCAACUACAAGAAAACCCAAGAGCUCCGUGUCAGACUACAGGCCUCAGUUAGCAUGUUAAAGUUCAUGACAGCACAAUUAGAAUAACAGGUGUGGCUUGUUUGGAAGGUUUUUCCAGGAGAAAGGCUUCUCUCUGAGAAGAACAUGGCAGCACAACAUGGGUUUGCAAAGCACAAUCACCUCAAACGAGCUGUCAGCGCGGUGGUGGAAGGUUCAUGUUUUGGGUACCUUGCAGUCCCUGAGUGAACAGUGAACUCUUUUCUCUACUAAAGUAUUCUUGAGUCAAACGUGAGACCACCUGUCCCACAGCUAAAGCUCAGCUGAUGUUCAGCUGUCCAGCAGGACGGUGAUCCAAACCACAGAAGCAAAUCUCCAACAGUGGCUGAAAAAGAAAAUAAUCCCAAUGCUGCAAUGGUCCAGACCUCAGCCUGACUGAGAUGCUGUGGGUGGGACAUUCAGAGAGCUGUGCAUGAGUGAUUGCUGCAAACCUCAAUGAACUGAAGCAAGAAGAGUUUGACCAGAACUCCUCCACUGCGAUAACUCAGUUAUUGCUGCUGGGUGUGUCGUUUUUCACACGCUGCUUCUGCAUGUCCUCAUACUUAAAACCUUACAUCUGAAAGAGGGUGUACUUCAUCUUUCACUAAAACUGUAUCAGGAUGAACACUUUUUAUGUUUUUGUUUACAUUAUCAGCAAUUUCCUAUCAUAAAGUAGCCGAGGCAGACGUGACACCAUCUAGAAAAUAAUGUUUUUUUUCCUCCUUCACUUCCUGAGCACGUGGUGUUCACUCUUAAGUGUUUUCUCUCAGGGCAACUCGUCCUCCACCUUCACAUCACCUUUUACGUCUUCUGUCUUCCCUGACACCUUCUGUCUGCAGGAAACGCCCAGAGCGUUUCUCCACAGCUCGCCAUCAUGUCUCAGAAUUACCCAUACAGAAAGCCGCCGUCUGACACCGACCUCAGAACUGAUCCCGGGCCUUACAGAUCUGUGGACUACCGCCACUCCUCAGCGGACCGUGACUUUUACAGGCAGCCACAAGACUCCUUCUCUGUCUCCUCCUCCUGCCCGUCCUCGUCCAGGGGCUCUGGAGUGCUGCAGUCAUCGCAGGACAGUGUUCUGAGCAUCCUGAGCAGCUGCGGUCUGGAGCCCAGUGAUCUGGCGCUGCUAGCCGAGCUGCCCGAAGACGUCCUCACUAUUGAGUCUCUGCCACACAUCCUCAGACAGAUCAAAUGCAAGAAAGGGACCGUCAAACCUUUCCCUCCCCGGGCUCCGUCUCCCUCCUCCUCUUCCUCCUACCCUUCCAGCUCCACCCAUCGAUCUGCCACGAGCAGCUCCUCCUCCUCUAGAGACUGGGACCAGCUCCAUCGCACGUCGGUCCACUACCCGCUGGACCACCUGCCACCACCACCUCCUCCCUCGGAGAAGCUCAUGGAUCGCUGGAAUAAUCCGAUUAUCGUGAGCUCCGGCCGAGCAGAGCUGCCACCAUCGUCAUCCUUAUCAUCGCCGUUGGGGUACACGGUGGACUUCCACCGCAGGCAGGGCCCCUCUGAUUAUGGUAAGGCUGGUCCAGUUCCUUCUUACAGCCCAGCGAGGCGAGGAGAUAGAGAGCCGUCAUCUCGAUUCUCCGAGGCCGGACCAGCUGAUUACAGGUCAUCAGCGCUGGUGACGGCUUCUCCUCUUCCUAGCGAGCACCAGUCCAAACCUCAGGCGAGCCGCCGUGACACGUCCUCCACGAGGAGCAGUCAGUCCUCGCCCUCAAUGCCUACACGGAAAGAAGCUCUGGAUUUCCACGGGAAGGUCCCGCCGUCGUUCCCGUACUCGUGCUCGCUGUGUGAUAUCACUGUACUGUCGCAGAAGGUUUGGAUUCAGCACGUGACCGGCAGGCACCAUGCAGAUGGACAGCUCAGCCUCCUGCAGCAGUUUCCUAACUGGGACUGCCGCAUGCAGACGGUCCGAAGGGACGAUAAAUCAGAGAAGAAGAAGAAAGAUGGAGGAAAAGGCGCCCCGGCAGCUAGUCAAACAUCGCAGUCGAAUAGCAAGUCGAAGCAGAAGAAGGUAAAGAAGACUUUGGAGAAAGGGAAGGUAGUGUGCGUCAAGUUUCCGUUUCAGUCUGUCGAUGAGAAAUACCUCAGGAAGCUCGCAGAACCGUUCGGGAAGAUCAUCAAGGUCAUCAUGUUUCCGUCUCUGGGCUUCGUGGAGAUGGGCUCGGUUGAUCAGGCCAAAGACUUGGUGAAGUUUCACAGCAAUUAUCCUCCAACUGUGAACGGAGAGCAGAUCGAGUUCAGCGUCUCCAACGCCUUCAACUUUCUCCAGAGCACACGGGUGGUGAGUUUCACGCCCGCUCCAUCAGGAGAAGACGGAGAAUCCGACCUGAUCAAUAUCAUCAAACGCUUCGGCCUGCCGCUCUACACCCUGUUCCUGCCGUCAAUGGUGUUUGUUGAGAUGAAGAACGCCCCUGAUGCUCAGAAGCUGGUGGAUUAUUAUCUGUCCAACACUCUGAGGAUCAACAGUGACUUGAUUUGUGUCUCCUUCUCUGGAGAGUACAAGACUCUCAUGCGGGUUUCAAAAGCCAAGAGGUACGAAGAAGAGAACGAAAGUACGAAGAAGAGUACCACCAAGAGGACAAGGAGCUCGAGCCGAGACAGAACGACAGAAAAUAAGAAAAGAAGGUCCAGAUCCAGAGACAAGUCCAGCAAAGAGGAACGGACCAGAGCAAGGUCCAGGUCCAGGGAUAAAUCUAAAGAAAAAUCCAGCAGAGAUGCCAAAACUAGGUCUAGGUCCCAAGACAAGUUGGAUAGAAAAAGGAAGAGCAGAACCCGGUCCAGGUCCAGAGAUAAGUCCACUAGUGAGAAGCGGACCAGGACCAGGUCUAAGUCAGGGUCCAGAGAAAAAACAAAAGAAAAAUCCAACAAGGAAAGCAAGAAAGGGUCCCAAGAGAAGAAGCCAGACGAAUCGAGAGAAAAAUCCAACAGAGACCAGAAGACCAGGUCCGCAUCCAGAGACAAGUCCAGCAGAGAGACAAAAACCAAGUCUACAACCCAAGAAAAGUCAAGCAAAGAAAGAAAAAGCAGGAGCAAAUCCAGAUCCGUGGAAAAAUCCAGCAGAGAUAAGAAAUCCAGGUCUAGAGAGAGAUCCAGCAACAAGUCCUCCAGACGGGACGGAGAAAAGACGGCAGAACCAGAGAAACCAGACGCAGAGUCCACAUCCAAAGGACAACCGUCUCCUCUCGAAGACUCCAAACCUGAAGUUUCAAACACAGAAGAAGUGGAAGGGGAGGCAGCGUUGCCUGGAGAGGAGAGCGACAUCGAGGGGAUGGAGGUGAUUGCUGAGGAUGGAGAGAAUCUGGCAGAUGACGAUGAGGAGGCUCUGCAAGAGGAAGAGGAAAAAGAGAGUCCUAAAGAGAGAGCACCUGAAAAAGAUGAAGUAAAGGAGGCGAUGGGUGGAGAGCCUGGCAAUGAGGAGAAACCUGCGUCGGAGAAGGAGAUAAAGAAGGAAGAGAAGGAGGAAGUAGAGGAGUCAAAGGAAGCAACAGAGACUCCUCUACAGGAGGAUUUGGAGGACUUCCCUGUAGACCUGGAAAACUGCAUCACUCUGGAUGAACUGGAAGAAGAUGACUCUGACGACCAAGGUGGAGAAUCAGCAGAUGAGCCCAAGUCAACAUCGAAAUCCAGCAGGGUUUUUUACUUCGGCCACCUGCCGCCUAAUUACGCCCUCUUUGACUUCUUCCAACUGCUGCGAAAUUUUGGGAAGGUGGUGCGCUAUUACCUGAUUGGCAAUCGACGAGAGGGUUUCAUUGAAAUGUCGAGUUCUUCAGCGGCCCUGAAAGCUGUUGAAGAGCUCGUCAGCAAACCAGCCAUCCACAACUGCCCCAAACUCAAAGCCCGCAUCUCCACCAAAUACUACAGACUUGACAACGGAUGGGUUGUUCACUCGGACGGCAGCGAUGACAAGGACAGUCGAGGCAGGAAGCGCGAGAAACGAAGCAAAUCCAAGACCUUGGACGGGGACGAGACCGACAGGAGGUCUAAAGGGAGGAAGGAGUCCCCGAAGAAGACAUCAGAGAAAUCAGGCAAAAAGACUCCAGAAAAAGAUUCUGGGUCAAAAAAGCCUCCAGAGAAAGACUCAUCAGGGAAAAAGACCCCAAAGAAAGAGUCCACAUCCAAAACGUCUCCAGAAAAGGAUGCCAAAAACACAUUGGGAACGAAAUCCACUGGGAAAAAGACUCCAGAGAAAGAUUUGCCAUCUAAAAAAACUUCAGGUAAGGAUUCUACAACAAAAAAGACUCCAGCGAAAAAGUCCGCACCCAGAAAGACUCCGGAAAACAAGUCUACAUUCAGAGAAACUUCAGAAGAAGAGUCUGAGUCCAAAAAGUCUCCAAAGAGGGAAUCGUUGGACAAAGAGCCUCCAGAAAAGGUCCUUAAAAAUGGUCCGGAGAAGGAAUCCGCGGGGAGAAAGACUCCUGAGAAAGGGUCAUUGUGUGCAGAGAUUCCAAACAGCGAGACGCUGGAACCAAAAGGAGUUCCUGACAAUAAUUCAGUGCCUCAGACAACUGUGAAGAAAGAACUAAAGCAAGAAAAUACUCAACAAAAUGAGGAACCAGCAGCUGAUAAAGCACCACCUGAAAAAGAUUAUAUCAAAAAGGAAACACCACACAUAUUCAAGCAGGAGGAGGAGGAAACACCAAUAGAUGUUUGUAUGGAAGCAGGACCAAAUGUGAAAGAUGCAGAGAGUCCAGAUCCACCAGUCUCCUCUACAGAGCCCUCAAAACCACCAUCUGAACAGGACGUGAAGCCCCAGUUUGGACCUGCAGAGGGCGCUGCUGAACCUCAGAAACCCACCAAACCUGUUGGGACGGAGUUUGUGCGACCGGUUGUCGGUUAUUUCUGUAACCUGUGUCAGCGGAUCUUCGCUGAAGAGGAUGAAGCCAAACAGCAGCACUGCAGCAGCCUGUCGCAUUACAGCAAAUACCAGGAGAAGACUGGGAGGGAUCCGUGGACGAGCUGAACAUCUGCAGAGAAAUUGGUUACCUUCAGAUUUUAUUAAUUGACUUUAUCAGAAACGAGAUCCCAAACAUGAUUUGAUUUCUGUCUGUUCUCCACUGGACUUUGAGUUUCUGUACAGAGAUUUUUUUUUUUUUUUUUUAAAGUUCUGCUGAAAAAUCCAAAAAUGUAUAAAUAUUUAAGUUUUAUGUCGUGCAGAACAGAAACUGUAUGUUUGAGAAAGAGUGAGAUGUGAUUGUAAAAAUCCAGUUUCUUAGAUUUCUGUUAAUCUCCUACUCACGUGCUCUGGUCCUAAAAGGUGUUGAUUGGUCAACCCAGAAGAUUUAGAAACAAACACCAGGUUCAGGUGCUGUCAGAUUAAGAAAAAUGUCUUAAAGAGGCUGUAAUGUCAGAAUAUUAACAGCUCCCUGGGCUCUAAUCAGUUUUUGUCAAUUGUACUCAUGCCGCACCUUCACAGAAACUAUAUAAUUUAAGAAAAUCUGUGGUGUUGUCAAAUAAAUAAUCUCACAUGAA